AUGGCAGCCUACUGCAACGAAGUCCGCAAGCUCAAAGACAAGUUUGAUGGACUAGAGCUCAACCACGUUGCAAGGCGUUUCGAUGAAGCGGCUGACGAACUGGCGAAGGUGGCAUCCGACCAAAAGCCCAUCCCCGACGACGUCUUCGUCAGUGACCAAUACAAGCCCUCGAUACGUUACCAGGAACCGGGAAGGGUCGGCAACGCGUCACCUGUCCCGGACUCGGGCGCGGACCUAGGCGAGGUCGGCAAUGCUCCACCUGUCCUGGACUCGGAAGCCAACCCCUCCGACCCCGAGGUCAUGGAGAUCGAUGCGAACCCAGCAAAGGGGCCUGACCCCCUGCCUGAUUGGAGAGCCUUGUACCUCAACUACCUCAUCCGCGAGACGCUCCUGGCAAACAAGACGAAGGAGCUCUACAAGCGGAGCUACACCAGCAUCCUCCAGCGCUGCAUCCCGAUCAAGCGGGGAAAUGCGCUGAUUCAGGACAUCCAUGCCGGAGCUUGUGGCCACCACGCGGCGCCAAGAACCCUCGUUGGGAACACCUUCCGGCAGGGCUUCUACUGGCCGACGGCGGUCGCCAACGCCACCCACGCGGCACUCCAGACCAUCCCCAUCUCGUGGCCCUUCGCAGUCUGGGGUCUGGACCUUGUCGGGCCCUUCAAGAAAGUGCCCGGGGGCUUUACCCACUUGCUUGUCGCCGUCGACAAGUUCUCCAAGUGGAUCGAGGCACGACUGGUCACGCAAAUCAAGUCCAAGCAAGCGGAAUUUUGA